GUUGCGUACACCGUCUUGCCAAGGUAGCAAGCUAAACGAAUCACACAGCCACAGAAAAUUGGUGUGAUCUUAAAAACCGAAUGUCGAAAUAGAUAAAACAAAAUAGAAAUAUUCUUGUGUUCUCUUUUACAUUGUCGUGUGAAUCUAGAAUUGAUGUGUAUUUUUGUGUUUUUAAGCCAAGAAAGUGGUUUUUUUCCUUGCAUCAAAGUACGAUUAUAAAGCGUAUUUUGUCAUUUUGAAGAUUUAAACCGUAUACCAAACGAUCACAAGAAAAAUACACAUAGUCAUUUCAACUUGAAUUAUUAUCUAUAAACGAAGAUCAGUUAGUUCUGUGUGUAAAUGAGAAGAAGACAUAACAAAGUGUUCUAUUUUUUUUUGUGUGGAUAAAAAUAAAACAUAUUUGGAAAAGCGGUGUAAAUAUCAUCGACUGUCACAUGUCACAUAACUUGUCCCCAGGAAUUAACUCAUUUCGAAUCCAGCACAAACUGUACUGAAACAAGAACGGUCGGUUGUGAAAUUGACACGCUUCGAAAAAAAAAUUGUGUGUGUUAAAAAUAAAGACGAAAACAUUAAAUAUUGUGAAUAUAAAAAAAAAUCUCAAAGUGUUUUCUGAUUGAAAUAUCGAGUUCUGUUUACUCUGUGGAUUUUUCCGAGUGCAUGAAAAUCCGUACAGAUCGUAAAGAAUAACGAAUUGCAACACCGAAAGAACCAUUUUAAAGAAAAACGGACGACAGGCGCGCGCAUACACGGACUGAAAAAAAAAAUAAUAAAACGCAUCAAUAACCGGCCACGCAAAAUCUUUUGCUGCUGCGCAACGCACCAAUCGAAGCCCGCAAACCAGUUGCAAUAAUAAUUUUGAAUCAAGUGUAUAUACGACGGUUUCGUUCGUGUUAUUGGUGUUCGGUUCUGGAUGAUAAAUUGAAAUGUGCUACAUUCUAGCUAAAUAUAGAAGGCGAUACAGUUUCGAAUGCUAGUAAAAAAUUUCAAGCAAAACCCAAUUAAUUGAACUCAAAGACCUUUCACAAAUAUACAAACACACAUAUACACAAAGAGAUAUAAACAGAAUCUCAGAGAACCAAAGACACAUACACUUACAUUGAGACAGAGUUAAUAUAAAUAAAAUAGCAAAAAAGAAUGGAAACACCAUAUGUGUCGCGUAGAGUAUCAAUGGACACAUUCCAUCGGAACUUUUACCAAACGGAUGUAAUGACACCAGAGGAGGCGCAACGUACACAGAAACCAUAUCGUUAUGGUAUGAUUUUAUUGUGUUUCGGCGCUCUGAUCAACUGGAUAGGCCUUGCAGAGAACUACACAGAUCCAUUUCGAUAUGCUGGCGUGGCAUGUAUUAUUGGCGGAGCAUUUUUAAUUUGUACAGCUAUGUGCUGUUGGCUUCAUGUACCAAAUCGUAGUGCCGUUGGUGUAUCAGAGACUGACGAUAAUGAUGCCAUUCACGUGAUAUCCGUUGCUGAUCCUCCGACAGUUGAAAAGCCACCAGAAUACGAUACGGUGGUGAUUUUGGAUCCACCGUGCUAUGAUGAGGCCAUUAAAUUGAAUCCAGCCAAUUUACUACAUACCAAAUAUUACCAGGAUGUGUCAUUGCCAAAUUAUGCCGAUUUGGAAAUUGCCGCACACAUCAGCACCACCUACGAACGGGACAAUAUCCAACAAAAUACAGUUGAUGGUGGUGUUAUUACAACGAGAAAUGGCACCAGUAGUAAUAGUAAUAGCAUUAGUCAAACAAAUGAAAAUGUAGUAUCAAAUAGUUGUAACGCAUCAACAGUCAUCACAAUUGAACAACAAACAGCAUCCGAUUUUACAAAUGAGCAUAGUAUUACGCAUAAAUCAAGCGACUGCGAUAGUGUGGCCAGUGAAUCGGUUGCAUUGAGCUAGGUCUUUUUUUUCUUCGAUUUGUAUAAACGGUGCAAAGAAUUAUUUUUCAUAAAGUCAUGUUCUUCAACUCUCGCUAUUCUCUCGGAGUUUGUGCAAUUUCGGGUUACAUUUUAUUAAAAUUCGUACCCGAUUAAGUCAUGAGAUUAUUAAUAACUGGCGGUAGCACUGUCCGGCGUCUUCCGAAACGCCAACUCAUUGCAACAAACUUUUGAGUGAACGUUUUGUCUCUUCCAAAUACGUUUUCUUUUCCAUCAUAAAAUGACGUUAUCAACGCUUCCCACUUUAAUUUUUAACAAACUCGCGAAAUCAAUUUCAAAAAGUCUGAUCAAUUUUGAGAUUAUUCGUUUGUAAGAAUUUGAAACAAUAAAAAAAAGAAACUACGUACGCUCUUAGUAUUCAAUGUUCAUAAGAUAUUUAACGUCACUUGUCGUUUUGAAACGUUGACACGUUCGCAUCAAAUAUAGAUAUUCUUGUACGGGUAUUUGUAUGCUUUUUGGGAAGAGAUUUUUUUUGUUCAUGAGUGAGUUGUGACCGUUCCAUGUGAAAUCAUUCAAUCUAUUCUCACCAACAAAUUGACGGUUGUUUUAAUUUUGUACAGUCAAACCUUAAAAAGAACAUGAAGAUGAGUAACUGUUUACAGUCCAUUGUGUAUACGAUUUGAAAGCCAAAUUUCUUUCGUAUGCCAUACGCUUUCAACAUCACUCAAAACAGUUUGUAUUGCUAUAAAAGAUAUAGCCAGAGGAAGAAGGUGGAUGCACAGAACUAAAAAUUCUAGUCGUAAACAAUACUUAAUGCAAACAAUUCACAUAAAAUAAUGAAAUACACGACUGCAACGUCGAUUGAGUUUAUCGACACCUUCUCCGCCCAUGCGUUUGCUUAUAAUUAAAACGAAAUAAUAAAAUGUCAAAUUAAAUCGUACCGCGAUAACAUUUGCCAAUUGUAAUUAAGUGCGAUGAAGAAGAAUUUCGAAUUGUGUGUAUGAUGUUUUUUGGGGCGAACGUGUGGACACAAGAAAGUGUAAGAAAAUGCUGUGCACGGUCAAUAGGCAAGUGUGUGACGUGCAAAUGUUUAUAAUUGGUGAUUUUUGAAUCGUAGCAAAAUAACCGUUGUUUGACAUUCUUUUUACGGCAACUGAACAUGUAUUGUGCAAACAUUGCGACAAGACUUUCCACUUGUAUUAUCAUCGUCUUUAUUACAUAUAUGCAAAUAAUGUCCAAAACAUUUAAUUACAUGAAAUCCAAGUCAAAAGUCAUACACACAAAUUCAACCUACAAACGAAAAAGAAAUCGUUCGGUGAAAUGAAUCAUAAUUUUCUCAAGUAUUAUUCAAUAUUUUCAUCGGUAUAUUAAAUUUGCGGUAUUUUUUUUUUCGUUCAAAUUCAAUGGCAUUCAGUUUUCUCACAUAAAUUUUGUGGAAAUUGGCAGAAAACUGACGAUAAUACCGCGAACUGCAUAAUCAUACAAAAAAAUACCAAACAAAUCCAUCGAUUACGUUCGACUGAAAAACGUCGUACAAUUGCACACAUAAUUGAGAAAGUAAAAGGCCUACUCUCUUUCUCCCAGCAAUAAUCAAUUACACGCUGAACUGCACAUCAAAUACGAAAAAAAAAUAUAGAGAGAGAGAACAGAUUCACUUUCCGUGGGUCGCAGUGUGACUAUUUCAAUUUCUGUUUGCUUUCUCAAUCACACACAAGUCCUAACUAUUGUCAUUUUAGUUUGUUGUUGUUGUUGUUUUUUUCUUUCAUUCAUUCAAUUCAAUUAGAUUUAAUGAGAUCGAAAGGCAAAAUACAAAGUGCUGCACGCAACGUACAUUGUAUACAGAGACGAUGAACAAAAAAAUAUUGUAUUUAUACUAUAGUCAUUAAAUAGUUAGACGAGAAUAAUGAAUGAAAUGAAAGAGAAAAGAGAUACAUAGAGAUAGCAAAAGAGAGAACCAAAAUUCGAAGAAUGAAUGUUUGUGCCAAAUUGUGAUAAAUAAAAUGUAUUAGGUUAAGCUUUAAAUUUAGACUGUAAAUGUUAUGAAAAGAAAGCAAAAAAAAAUAAUAAUAUUACAAAAAAAUAUAUAUAUAUGAUAUUUUGUGUAUUU